CUUGCAUAAUCUCUUCAGAGAUAACAAAAGCCUAUAUAGGUAGAUUGAAAUAGGGAUAUGGUUUAUACAGUAUUAAUUUUCGAACAUAUGAUAACAAAACAUAACAAAACAAACAACAUAAACUAAUUACAAAAUAAAAAAUUAAAUUAAAAUGAAUAGUACAGAAAAAAUGAGCCCUGACCAUAAGCAAAGACCGAAUCACUUGAGUUUUACCUCUGAACCUGUAAAUGUCCAUAACAAUAGUCCUACUCAUAGCCCAAAAUCAGCAACUUUAUCGAAUUUACCGAGACGACCGCCAGUAGAUGUGGAAUUUAUAGAUAUUUCAUAUUCAGUACCACAUGGAAGACAUUGUGCACAUAAAACAAUAUUACAAAAUGUGAGUGGAACCUUCCACUCUGGAAAAUUGACUGCCAUUAUGGGCCCUUCAGGAGCAGGAAAAAGUACACUUAUGAAUGUCUUGGCUGGUUAUAAGACAUCACAUAUGAUUGGCUCUGUUCUUAUCAAUGGCAAGGAAAGAAAUCUAAGAAGUUUCCGAAAACUAUCUUGUUACAUAAUGCAAGAUGAUGAUCUACUACCAUAUAUAACUGUACGUGAAGCUAUGCUGAUAUCAGCAAAUUUAAAACUAGACAAAGAUAUAUCUUAUUCUGCAAAACGCUUAAUUGUUGACGAAAUCAUCGAGACGUUAGGAUUAGUAGAAUGUAAAAAUACAAAAACCUUACAUCUAUCAGGCGGACAAAGAAAAAGACUAUCUAUUGCACUAGAGUUAGUGAACAAUCCACCUGUCAUGUUCUUUGAUGAGCCUACCUCAGGAUUAGAUUCAUCGACUUGUUUCCAAUUGAUUUGUUUAUUGAAAUCUUUAGCUCGGGGUGGCAGGACAAUAAUUUGCACUAUACAUCAACCUUCUGCGAGACUAUUUGAAAUGUUUGAUCAUCUUUAUUUAUUAGCCGAUGGGCAGAAUAUAUAUAAUGGUGCAGUUGGAGAUCUAUUGCCAUUUUUGUUGUCCUUUGGAUUCGAGUGCCCGAGUUAUCAUAAUCCUGCGGAUUUUGUAAUGGAAGUAGCAUCUGGCGAGUAUGGUGAAUGUAUACAAAAUUUAGUAAUAAAAGUUAAAGAAACAAAAUCCAAGAUAGCUGAUGACAAAACUUUAAUCCCGUCGACCUUAACUCUAAAUAAUUUAAAAAAUAACUGCACACCACCGUUGAUAGCAAACGAUGAUUCAAAAAUACACAAUGUGAUGAUUGCCAAUAAUUUAUUUAAUUCCGCUAGUCAAAAAUCGCUAACCGACAGUUCUAUAAUGAUACUUCAAUCUUCCAACGAAAGUAUUACAACGGUGCCAAAUGCAACUGGAUUUCCAACUUCUGGAUUUCAACAAUUUUGGAUUCUUCUGAAACGAACUUUCCUUACAAUAUUUAGAGAUCAAACUUUGACACAUUUACGUCUACUUUCUCAUGUGAUAGUUGGAGUUUUAAUUGGAUUGAUAUACUACGAUAUAGGAGAUGAGGGAUCAAAAGUGAUGAGCAAUGCAGGAUGCUUGUUUUUUACAAUUAUGUUUACUAUGUUCACAGCGAUGAUGCCUACUAUUUUAACAUUCCCAACAGAAAUGGCUGCCUUCAAACGUGAACAUUUGAACUAUUGGUAUUCACUGAAAUCAUUUUAUUUUGCAAAAACAGUAGCAGAUCUGCCAUUCCAGGUUGUAUUCACAAGUGGUUACGUUUUAGUAGUGUAUUAUAUGACUUCACAACCUCUAGAAUUAGAUAGAGUGCUCAUGUUUGUCUCAAUUUGCAUUCUGACAUCUCUAGUUUCCCAAAGUUUGGGUUUGCUCAUUGGAGCAGCUAUGAGUAUAGAAACAGGUGUAUAUUUAGGGCCAAUUACCACAAUACCAAUUGUGUUGUUCUCCGGAUUUUUUGUAAAUUUUAAUGCUAUACCUGGAUAUUUGAGUUGGCUGACUUAUAUUAGUUAUGUUAGAUAUGGUUUCGAAGGUGCUAUGUUAUCGGUAUAUGGAUUUGAUAGAGAAGAAUUGAAGUGCUCAGAAGAUAAUAAUUGCCAUUUUACAAAUCCUGAAGACUUUCUGGAAGAAAUGGCUAUGGAAGAUGCAGUUUUCUGGAUUGACGCUGUUGCUUUAUUUGGAUUUUUCCUGUUUCUGAGAGUGGUGGCUUAUAUAGUACUGAGACUGAAAUUGAGAUCCACUCGUUAAUAUGAUAAAUUUGAGUUUGUAAUGCGAAAUUAUUACAAUGUCAAUUUUGUUGUAGAACAAACUUCUAUGCACGAAUUACUCAAAAAAUUAAUUGGCAAAAAUUGAACCUUCGUGGAAAUAAUGCAGUAAGAGGCAUGUUUAAUAAUGAGCCGAGCAAGAAGUUGAGAUGAUUCAUUAAAAUUUAUUUGAUGUUAAGAAUAUUGAACUCAAAAUCAUCGUCCAUAUAGACCAAAAGCACAAGAAUAUUAUUAUCGAAUAUUUUCCGAAAAAAU